CCUGACGUCAACAGUAUAAAGUUUGUCGGUCUCCCCCUGCACCCGCAGAAGAAGGGAACUUUCUUCUCUAUUGGAACGAUAUAAAGCGUUGGGAACUUAGUCAGUCUUUUGUAGUUUAUUAUUGGGCUAUACCAGUCAAUUACCAGGUUUCAAUCAGCUUUGCCAUGAUGCAGCUCAGCAACGACACACACUGCAACAAGCACUCGCUGCUCAACGUCAUGAACCGGUUCAUCGCCGCUGCCAACAACAUGGACGAGACCAUCAUGGUGCCAAGCUUACUGCGGGACGUGCCUCUGGAGGACCAGGACAGCCAAGCCUCUGUUAGCCACAACAACAACGACCCCCCUUUCCCCAGCAAACAGAGGGAUAUGUAUGAGCACUACCUGCUGGUGAAGUCUCUUAAGAACGACAUGGAAUGGGGCCUGCUGAAGAGGGAGAUGGGUGGUGGUGCCAGCUUUCUAGAGAUGGCAGUGAAGCAAGAAGAGCCACCACAGGUGAACGGAGGAGCCGCGGAGGAGGGCUCCGAUCUGGAGGGCCAGUUCCACUACCACCUCCAUGGACUGUUUGCUGUUCUGUCCAAGCUCACGGUCCAGGCUGACCAUCUCACAAGUCGUUACAAGAGAGAAAUUGGCGGAGGUAGCCUUUUGCGAUAGGAUUGAUUCGUUAACAUCUAAUGGACAAUUUAUGAACUGUUGGACUGGGAAGUGAAUGUGCAGCAGAGGACUUAAAGGGCUCUAGAUUCCCCUCUGC